AUGGAGGUGCAUGACAGCAGGAUCUGCGCCCCAAGCAGCAGCAGCCCGCAGAGCACCGCUGGGGACCUGCUGCUCCGGGCCCUGGAAGACCUCUCCGAGUCAGAUUUUAAAAGAUUUCGGGACGCGCUGGCGCGUGGAAACCUGCAAGGCGUGAGCUGCAUUCCCUGGGGGCGGCUGGAAAAAGCCGACUGGAUAGAUACGAAGAACCUCAUGCUGGAUUUCUACGGCAAGGAGGCUGUCCUGGACGUGGCGAUCGCCGUCUUUGAGCACAUCCAGCUCCGCAACACCGCCGCGCUGCUCCGGGAAAGCAGAGAGAAAGCCCUGCGGUCUGCUCCUCUGCUGGGUCCGUUGUCACCAGGUAGGCGCGGGCAGGGAGAAGCGCAGGGGGCUCUGCCACCGCUCACCGCCGUCCGCAGACGCGUGAGGUGGCCUCCCACCCUUCCAGAUUACCGGAGGGAUUACAAAAAAGCCGUCCUCCAGGCGUACAGCCGCAUGAAAGACCAAAACGCCCGGGUGGGCGAUGGCGUGAGCCUGAACGCCAGGUACUCGAAGCUGGUGAUUGUCAACAAGCACCGCGACGAGGAGCAACGGGAGCACGAGAUCAUGGCCAUGGGGCGGAGGCACGCGGAGAUCAUGAAGGAGCAAGCCAACUCCUCCAUCGCCGUCGGUGACCUCUUCAACCCCUGCCCGGACGGCUGGACCCCCAAGGUGGUCGUGCUCCUGGGCGCUGCGGGCGUGGGCAAGACGAUGACGGCCAGGAAGAUCAUGGUGGACUGGGCGUCCGAGAAGGUGUUUGUGGCGUUCGACUACGUCUUCUACAUCCACUGCCGGGAGCGGAACCUCCUCACCCGCCAGGCCAGCAUGGCCGACCUCAUCGCCCAGUGCUGUCCCGGCAGCUCUCCGCCGCUCGCCGACGUGCUGGGGCAGCCAGAGAAGCUCCUGUUUGUCAUCGACGGCUUCGAUGAGCUCCGCUUUUCCUUUGACCGGCCCGAGUCUGAGCUGUGCUCCCAGCCCUGGGAGCAGCAGCCCGUGGAAAUCACCCUGAGCAGCCUCUUCCGCAGGAGGCUCCUGCCCGAGAGCUCCCUCCUCGUCACCACGCGGCCGGCCGCCCUGCAGAAACUGGGCAACUGCCUGGACUGCGAGCGCUACGCUGAGAUCCUGGGGUUUUCGGAGGCGGAGAGGAAGGAUUAUUUCCACAGAUUUUUUGAAAACACGGAGCAGGCGGCUGCAGCCUUCCAGUUCAUCAGAGGGAAUGAGACGCUCUUCACCAUGUGCCUGGUGCCCAUCGUGUGCUGGAUCGUCUGCACCGUCAUGAAGCAGCAGCUCGGCCGUGCUGAAGGUCUCACCCGAAGCCCGAAGACGACGACGGGGAUCUACAUCCUUUACCUUUCUGCCCUGCUCCAGUCCCUGAACGGCCAGGUGAAGCAGGGCAUGCCCAGGGUGCUCAGGAGGCUCUGCUGCCUGGCAGCCAACGGCAUCUGGAAGCAGAAGGUCCUCUUUGAGGAGGAGGAGGUGCAUGGGUACGCGCUGGACCAACGAGCCCUCCCGCUCCUCCUCAACGAGAACCUCUUCCAGAAGGACAUCUCUUGCGUCAGCACCUACAGCUUCAUCCACCUCAGCUUCCAGGAAUUUUUUGCCGCGCUCUUCUACCUGCUGGAAGAUGAAGGGGAGGCACAGGAACUCCCUGCCAGUCCCAGCAGGGAUGUGAAGGAACUGCUGGAGAGCUACGGCAACUCUAGGAAUUACUUCAUGCUCACUGUGCGGUUCCUCUUCGGGCUCUUAAACAAGGAACGCAGGAGGGAGCUGGAGGAGAAGAUGGGGUGUAAAAUUGCACCCAGGAUUACGCAGGAAUUACUGGCAUGGCUUCAAAACAGCCAGAAAACGGCCCUAGCUCUUCUGAUGGAGGAGACGGCCGUGAUCCGUGAGCUGGAGGUUUGCCACUGCCUGUACGAGCUCCAGGACGAGCAUUUUGUGGUGACCGCCUUGGACCCGUUCACAGGGGUCUACCUACGUGGGCUCAACCUUAACCGCUUCGAUCAGAUGGUCCUUUCCUUCAGCGUAAAAAACUUCCCCAACCUGGAGUCUCUUGACCUGGGGAACUGCUCCUUUCUGCGGGAUGACCCCGAGGACUGUGUGGGCCCGCGGCCGGCCAAGCAGCCGUACUGGGACAAACAGCAAGAGGAGGGGAAGCAGUCACCCAUCCACCUGCUUUGCCAAGCCUUGGACCAAUCGGGCUGUAAAUUAAAGACGUUAAGGUUUGACCGGUGUCAGCUCACAGGCGCUUGCUGCCGGGCUCUGGCCCCCGUUCUCAGCGUAAACCCCACCCUGACGGAGCUGGACCUGGCCGGGAACGAGGACCUGCGGGACGGUGGCGUGAAGCUGCUGUGCCAGGGGCUGAGAUGCGGCUCCUGUCAGCUGCAGACACUGCGGUUGGGCUGCUGCAACAUCACGGCCGCCGGCUGCAAGGACCUCGCCGCCCUGCUGAGCACCGUGCCCAGCCUGGCCGAGCUGGACCUGAGUGACAACCCCUUGGGGGACGACGGCGUGCGGGAGGUGUGCGAGGCGCUCACGGAGCCCGGCGGCAGCGUGCAAAAGCUCUGGCUGUGGCAGUGCCGGCUGACGGAGGAGAGCUGCGGGGCUCUCGCCGCGGUGCUCCCCGCCAGCCCCAGCCUGACGGAGCUGCACCUGGGGGACAACGAGCUGGGGGACGGGGGCGUGCGGCGGCUGAGCGAGGGGCUGCGGGAUCCUGCCUGCCGGCUGCGGACGCUGAGGCUGUGGCAGUGCCGGCUGACGGAGGAGAGCUGCGGGGCUCUCGCCGCGGUGCUCCCCGCCAGCCCCAGCCUGACGGAGCUGCACCUGGGGGACAACGAGCUGGGGGACGGGGGCGUGCGGCGGCUGAGCGAGGGGCUGCGGGAUCCUGCCUGCCGGCUGCGGACGCUGAGCCUGUGGCAGUGCCGACUCACCGGCGGCUGCUGCAAGGACCUCUGCGCCGUGCUCGGCACCAGCCGGAGCUUGGAGCAUCUGGACGUGAGCGAGAACAGCCUGGGGGACGGCAGCGCGCGGCUGCUGUGCGAGGCGCUCGGGCAGCCCUCCUGCGCCCUGAGGACGCUGUGGCUGAAGAAAGCUGGAUUAACGGGGGAGACAUUACAGAAGCUGCAUGCUCUCAAGGAAGUAAAACCCAACCUGAAUGUAGAAUACAUUUGACAAGCAGGAUACGCCUGAGCAAGGGGCUCUGGCCUGGUAGCUCGCGGACGGAACUUGCACAUGAGUUAAGAGGACAUGGGGGGUCUGGGAGAUGUUUCCUCUAUUUAUGAGAGGUGCUUUUAGUGCUGAAAGCACCUUCCGACAGGCAUGGCCAGGCUCUGGCAGGUCCUCUGGAGCUGAGAUGGGUUUUGUGUGUUACAGGUCCAGACAGCACCUCCUCUGAGGUUCUGGUGGGGUGGGAAGGGCCAGAGCUGAGGCCGUAGGAAAUCGGGUUGAGGCAACGGAUGAGUCUGAAACUUCAGUGUUUACCCCCUGGUGCCAGCAGUGCCCAAAACACACCUUGGCUGCAGAGGUUUUUAUUCACUGUGAUUUGUGUAUUGAUGAGGGUCUCUGUAUUUCUAUCUGACCGUGUAGUUACCAAGAAGGUCUCCUCCCUCUCCUUUUCGGCCACCUAAUGUGAAGAAUGUUUGCACUAUACCCAUGUUAAAUAAAGAUCCCUUCCCAGAAA